GUCUAUGGUUUACACGUAAAGCGAGUUCAAGAUUGUCAUUUGAAGAGGUUUGAGAACGGUGUCUGAAAAUUAAACUUAUAACUAUAACAUAUAGGAAACCAAAAGGAACAAGAUCACAGGAAACAGAAAAUGCUCGUUCCAGGAUGCAGAGAGCGAUGUUACUAUUUUUAAUUGAUUCGUGAAAAUAAGACUGACGACUGAGAAAACCGCCGAAGUUCCUUAUUGUGCGUCUUGCGGGACAACGAUGUCUCUCUGGAGUGAAACAAAUACAUGUCUGAUCGUGGACUUUCCCUGACUGUGAGCACUCGCUUAACCGGGACGUUGCGUCACACUGGACUUUUUGCGCAAUGGCAUGGCAGAAUGUAAAAGUGCAUUUUGUUACUAUACUUUACUUGUGGAUAUGUUCUCAAGUCUCUUGUGAAGUGGCUGUAAACUGCUGGUGGAAUAAAACUCUUCCUGUGGGCCACAAUGUGUCUGUUCUGUGCCACAUGAGUACACAAGGAAGAGCAAACAGUUGUGGUCUCUGCCAACUUUAUGUUAUCAAACUUGACCACAGACAUCAGUUUCCCAGCACAUGUGCCAGUACCAAAGAAACCUUCAACUUUUCCAUCGCAGCAGAACACAGAGAGCAUAUUCACUGCAUGUGUAAUGGAAAUACAUCAGAGACCUGCAACGUUACAGUAAGAGGAGGCUAUCCACCAUUUCCCCCGUCUCGCCCUGAUUGUGCUAUUGAAGACUUAGAAGAUGAAGACAUUUACUGCUCUUGGACUAAAUCCAAUGAGUCAAUGAUUCCAACUGUUUACACCCUUCACUGGAAAAAUUAUGAUGGGAAUGUUAAAUCUAGGGAGAGCAGUAGUGAGAGUGCAGUCAUAAACCGGCGUGAUUAUGUGAAAAGCACUUACACUACAGCAUGGGUCACUGCCAAAAACGUGCUGGGUUCUGCACAGUCUGAAAGGUCUUUCUUCAACACGGGCCAUAUCGUACGGCCAGACCCUCCAUACAAUAUAAACCUCACCUCUGACCCACUGGAGUUCAUCUGGGACAUGAACUGUGACAGAGUGGGCCACUUGGACAAGAGCUGUCAAGUGCAGUACCAUGCACGCAAUCACAUGCUGGACUGGAUUGAGGUGGAUGAUUGCCAGGUCAUGUUUGUGUUGGAGGAUCCCCAGCCAUUCACACAGUACAGUUUUCGUGUUCGCUGCCACUGUGGAUACGAAGAGGAAGUCAUGAGUAACUGGAGUUCAGUGUAUUCAGUCAGAACGCCCCCUGCAGCACCGGUUGGACAGCUGGAUGUUUGGAGUGACUGUGCCCCUAAUUCUGACAAGUCUUCCUGUAACGUCUAUUGGAAGGAAAUGCCCCUGUCUCAGGCUAGAGGGGAAAUUAUCAACUAUAUUGUAACUCUGAAGCUUAAAAAUGGUCAAGCAGAGGUCAAGCAGGUCACCAGGCAACGGAGACACACUGAAAGUUGGCAGCUCGCUGAACAGAGCUGCCUGCAGCUCAGACACUUCGCGCUCAAGCCAGGUGUUAUGGGAGUUUUUGUGUCAGCCAACACCUCAAUGGGCACAUCGGACCCCACAUACAUGCUGUUUGCUGAGAGGGGACAGAGAAUGCCUGAGGUGAAUCUGAGUGUAAUAGGUGAGAGCCAGGCGCUGCGGGUCUCAUGGUCCAUACACCCACAGUUCUCUGAGAGUGUCCUGGAGUAUGUGGUACAGCAUGUGUCUGUAGUACCUCACUGUCUGUGCCUGAACUGGGUCAGAGUAAAGAGAACCCAGAAAUCUGUCACACUCACAGGUGACUUCUGGAACUACACAGCUUAUAAUGUGUCACUGUUUGCAGUCUUCAACAACCACAGCACUUUCCUCACGUCAGCCAUUGCAUACACACUUGAAGGAGUUCCUCCUAAAGUCCCUCAAAUCCAUGUGAAGAACAUCUCUCACUCCUCUGCCACUUUGAUAUGGAGCCCCAUCCCUGUACAUGAGAGCAACGGUGUCAUCCUGCAUUACUUAGUUGGCAUCAAAGAAACAGGGUUUAAUAUAAGCAGUGACAGAACCAGUAUGCAGUUGUCACAACUGCAGCCGGCCCAGCAGUACCACAUCUGGGUGAGCGCUGUGAGCGCUGCUGGUGAAGGCGCCAGGAGCUUCACCACUUUCUCCACCGAUGAAAAAAACAGUUAUGCUACCCUGUUGGCUGUAUUCAUAAUAUUGACGUUCCUGGUCUUAUUAUUUUGUAUUUUUAAGUUGGUGUACCGACCAACUUGGUGUUUUGUGAAGAUCCCAGAUCCAAUUAACAGUAAAGCAUUUAAGCAUAUGAACUUUCAGCACGCGUGGCCACGGCUAUGUUCUCCUUCUGAACUGAAUAUAAAGAUCUCUGAGCUGGAGAUCGUAGAGAAGCUGGAUCGCGACACACCUACUCCUCCAUCAGAGACUGAACCAGAGAAGAUUUUAAUCGAUGUGGAACCCCAACAUUUUCAGCUGCCAAAUGGACUGGGCAGAACAAAUGAAGGUGGAGAUGAGCCUGAGGAAUCAAACAGAGGAAGCAUUUUAAAGCAUGGCAGCUGGGCAAAGGAGUACAGCGAAAUGGUCGACACUGAUGAAGAGGAAGAGUGGUGGGACCAGCAAUGUGUCUCGGACUAUGAAAGACAUUUUUUGCCUGCUGUUGAGGCGAAUUAACUUUUCAUAUCUCAGGAUAGUUCAUCUGUACUGUAGUGCCUUAAAUGGAACAAUCAGAAAGUGUUUGUUCCAAGUGUUUUACUGAAGAACAAGGUGUGCUUUUUGAUCAGACACUGAAAAGAGUAUUAAGAAAGUGUUAUUCAUGAAAUGACACAGAUGUAUCCGUGAGAGAGGUCUUGCACAACUAUGCACAGAUUUUUACAUUUACAGUCUUCCACACUAGCCGCAACAUUUAAAGUUGGCGUAUAUUUUUUGCACCACUAGCAUUGUCAAGUGGAAUAAGGACUAUAUAGGUUUCUGGAAUACUGUCCCCUUUUGCCAUUGGUCAGAUGUUCCUGCCUCAAACUCACGCCAUUGGUUGAGCUAAUGUUAGGAGGGUCAGAGUGCUCCGAUAAACAACAAAGUUUUGAUAGCUCCACAGUCACAUGUGGUUAACACUUUUCAGGGAAUUCAACCUACAAAUGUCUUAUAGUUAUCUCUGCACAUUAAACCUUGUAUUUCAACUUGCACGUGACACAAAUGAGACGUUAUUACAAGUAGACACAGCACACAAUUGAAUGUAAAAAGCUUGUUUUUGUACAUAAUAAAUAUUUUUUAUAUGUGAA